UAAAGUGAUAAUGUAACAGAACUGGUGCGAGGAACAAGUGAGAUAAAGGACAACGGACGAUGAACGGAAGGGGGUGUAAACCAAACGGAACUGUCGAUACACACUUCCAAACAAGAUCCAUCAGUGCGAUUCGACCUUUCGAGUUCAACCAGAAUCAGUCCGUUUCUCUUUAAAUCUGAAGCACCGAGGAUGCCUGGCUCGAUCGACAGUAGAACGAGAACUCGCGUUACGACGUGAUCUAAAGAUAUCAGUAACCCUGAACCUGAACGCGCGGCGAUAAAAAAUAAAGUAACCGACAGCGGUGCAACAGAGGAAAUGUCCAGUUCGAGCGAGCUGUCUCGAUCGCAGGAGUACCUCAGCUUUCGCAGCUCUGUUCCCCUCAGAAAAAUCGUCGUCGACGCUGAUGGUGCCAAGGGAUGGAGAGUGUACGACUCCAGUCCGAAAACCGUCAAGUGUCCACUCGUGUGUCUUCCACCGGUCAGUGGUACAGCCGAUGUGUUCUUCAAGCAGAUACUUGGCUUAGCGGCCAAAGGCUACAGAAUCAUAUCGGCUGAACCACCUGUGUAUUGGAAUAUCAAAGAAUGGUGCGACGGAUUUCGAAAACUAUUAGACUACAUGGAACUGGACAAGGUGCAUCUAUUCGGCGCCUCAUUAGGUGGAUUUUUAGCACAGAAGUUCACGGAAGUGAAUGCUCACUGUCCGAGAGUCGUAUCAUUGAUACUGUGUAAUACGUUCACUGAUACAUCGGUGUUCAGUUACAACGACUCCGCUGCAGUCUUUUGGGUUCUGCCGUCGUUAGUAUUAAAGAAAAUGCUGAUGGGUAAUUUCGUGACGGACAGAGUCGACGGGGAGAUGGUAGAAGCCAUCGAUUUUAUGGUGGAAAGGUUGGAGAGUCUGACUCAACCUGAACUGGCAUCUCGAUUAACGAUGAACUGCGUCAAUUGUUAUGUUCAACCGCAGAAGAUAUGUCACCUGCCCGUCACGAUUAUAGACGUGUUCGACGAAUACGCGUUAUCGAAUCCCGUGAGAGAGGAGAUGUACAAAUGUUACCCGAACGCGAAACUGGCACAUUUGAAAAGCGGUGGAAAUUUUCCUUAUUUGAGCCGCGCCGCAGAAGUAAAUUUACAUUUACAGAUUCACUUGAGACAGUUUGAAGGCACCGAGUACGCGGCUUCCGAAAGAACUACUCCGUCGACCUAGCAUUUGAAAGCUUGGAAAAAAGGGGGAAGAGGAACGAUUUCCGGUUAUGAUAUCAAUAUACAUACACAUAUGUUCCUCGAUUACUUAUUCUGACCCGCGACUCGCCAUAUCAAUUCUAGGCCGAGAUCUGUGUAUAUAGAUAUUAGACCUGUGCAACGUUAACUCACGUUUUUAUAGCCAAUACGGCCUGUUAUAUUUUCGAAGCGAAUAUUUAUCAAGUUGUAUUUGAAACAUUACCAAAUGAUAUUGUAUAUUCUAUAAGCAGAAGAAUAUAAAAAUAAUGUUUACAGAGAAGAA